UCGGAACUAAUGCUCCUCUGUUUACUUCAUUUGUAAUGAUGCUGAUGUGAGACAGAAACUGCUAGCUAGCUAGCUAGCCUAGCUAAAGUAAUAAAGAACCGGUAAGAGAUGGAUAAAAAAACACAUGUGAUGGGGGGACAGACUAAUUGGUCUCCUCUUAUGUUUCAUCUGAGUAUAGCUAUUUGUUAUCACCUAUUUGCUGUUAACUAACCGUGACAUUCUUACUGACGGUGAGCCUUAGCGAGCUAGGGUGCAGGCUAUGCUAGCUUUGCAGUGGGUUCGUGUUUCGGUGUAAUCCGGUAUGGCAGAUUGCAAACUCAGCAACACUCGCCACCACCGGAAAUAUUUUCUAAUUUACCCCUGGUGAGUAACACAACCGUUGUUAUCAGGACCCGGACUUUUAGGUUAAUUAGCCACCACGUCUGCUGGCGAAGCAACCUUAGCUAACGCCGCUGCUAGCGAAACUGUGUGGCCUGGAAUGGAGCCAGGCGAUUUGCGAGAGAGCCCCGCCGGAUCCGGGGAGUCAGACGUGGGGGAUUGGAGGGAGGUUAUUCCCGGUGGGGACGAGGAAACUAAUGGAACAAUACUAGAGACGGCGCUCAGGGACACCUGCGAGGAAGUCGAAAAUGAAAAACAAAAAGGAGUUGGUGAGCAAUUACACAGCCCCUACGAGGAAGAACUGGACCCCAGAAUCCAGGAAGAGUUGGAGCAUCUUAAUGAAGCCAGUGCAGAAAUCAAUAGACUAGAGCUCCAGUUGGAUGAUGCCAGAUCAGGGUACCGGAAAAUCCUCACAGAGUCUGCCAGGAAGCUAAAUGCUCAGAGCUCUCAGCUUGGUGGCUGCAUAGAGAAAGCAAGACCUUACUACGAAGCUCGUCGCCUUGCGAAAGAGGCACAGCAAGAGACCCAGAAGGCAGCUUUGAGCUAUGAGAGAGCGGUCUCUAUGCACACAGCUGCCAGGGAGAUGGUCUAUGUAGCAGAGCAGGGCUUGAUGGCUGAUGGCAAGAACACCCUGGAUCCCACCUGGCAGGAGAUGCUCAACCAUGCUACUUCCAAGGUAAACGAAGCUGAGGAAGAGCGACUCCGCAGUGAGAGGGAGCACAUGCGGGUCACGCACGCCUGUCAGGAAGCCGAAGCUCGGGUUCAGAUGCUGCAGAAGUCCCUAAAAAGAGUCAUUGUGAAAUCCAAACCUUACUUUGAGCUCAAGGCCCAGUUCAACCACAUACUGGAGGAGAACAAAACUAAAGUGCUGCAGCUGGAACAGCACGUAGCCAAAGUAAAGACCCGCUACUCCAUCGCCUUAAGAAACUUGGAACAAAUCAGCGAGCAGAUCCACGCUCAGAGGGGGAGGGACCAGGCCAAGGGAGGAUGCACCAGUGUCUGCGGUGGGCGGAGUCCCCCCGUUGGAGCAGAGUCCGACAUCAGAGUUAAGAAAGAAGGCGGAGCGUGCGGCGGUGGUGCGACGGGGAAGGAUAGAGUGGCUGCAGCCAUCGACCUGGAGAAAUACAAGGACAAGGAGAAUGAAAAGGAGAGGGAGCGGGCGGGGUCGGACUCCCUUUCGGUCUUCAGCCUGCAAACCAUCGCCUCCGACUUAGAGAAAUAUGACUCCAUUGAGCACCUCGGGGACCUCAGCGAUGUAGGGAGCGUAACCGGGGAUGAGGGGGAGAAGGAGAGAGGCGGAGUGAUUGAUAGAAGAGACAAGCUGGCGGAAGCGAGCGCCAAAGAGCGCCAGCAGCAGUUCUACAAGCAGCACCACCGAAGCUUCAGUUUGUGAGGCUGUCAUAGAUAAAGCAUAUAAACACUUCAGAAGUAAAAUAUGUGAGUUAUCAAAAAAGUAAAAAAUAGGACAAACAUCCCUAACACAUAGGUACCAACCAAAGUAAAAGAUAGCAAAUUGUCUGCAAAUGUAAAACUGGUGUAAUGCAGUUAAAGAUGUAUGAAAUAUGAUGGUGUAAAUAAGCUCAUGUAUGUUGACUGACAAAAAAUUCUAAAGCUGACACUGAUCAAUAGUUAAUAUUGCAGCCUACUUAGAACACUACUGAAUCUAAAGAGCUGUCAACCCUCCAGGACAAGUAUACAGUAUAUUCACUCCCUCUGAGGGAUUCUGGGUAGAAUGUGUUCCUUGAGUACAUAGGAACAGCAAAGAAUGAUCUUACUUUCCCUGAUCCUAAUCUAAUUUCGUGGGACCAGUUGUUCCCCCUACAUUCUUGUCUAGUCUCAAGGUAGAGGGGUCACAGGGUCUCUCCAUAUACACUGAAAUUCACACUCCUAUUCACAACUCAAGUUGGUGUGCAGGAAAAAAUGACAAAAACGAUUCCCUGUCAGUGCAGAGUGAAAGCAUGCUUGAAUUCACAUUUCAUAUAUUUAUUUCCAGUAACUUGCUGCAAGCAGUGCUUUAUAUUUGGCACGAGAGAAUGCGUUUUUUGAAAAUUCCUGAAAUGAUGAAUGGAGUGCGAAAGACUCCUACCACUCCAACAGCAUGCACUCCUAGUUAACUAUCUAACAGACAUUGAGGACAUGCAUUCAGGGCUAUAUGCUGAUACAAAAACUAAGAUUAAAGCUAAGGUGAUGAAGCUGUAGCCAUGUUUCUCUUUUUAUGUUGCUAUGGUGUAGUCUUGUGGUGCAAAAGCCUUGUCCAAAUUUUUUAUUUUUUGGAUAUUAUAUUUAUAUGAGUGGUUUUUUUGGCAGCGAAUGCAUUUCCACUUGUUAGCCGUUUCAAAAGCAAUUUGCCCUUGUAAUUUGAAGUGUGCCUUGAUAAGUAACACAUUUAGCAUGAGUAGCACUUAGCUGGAAACUCAUCUUUGGUUCUGAUUAGAACCAUUUAAAGAACAAGUGUGUGCCCUUUUAUUAUUAUGUUUUCUUCUUCUUUUUUUUAGAACAUUUUAAUAAAAUUUGUCAGCCAGGUGCCAUUUCUGAUGAGACUUGAAGAUUUAUGAUUUUUAUUUUUUUUAGAUUUCUAUAUUUUCUUUUAUAUUUUACUUUGAUUGUCAAAGUGUAAGAUGCGAAACAAAGUCAAGACAAUGACUUGUAAAUGUAUGUAAUUAUUAUAAAGCUGGAAAAUAUCAAGAUGUAUAGUAACAUGAAUUAACUGAUUUGAAUGUUUGAUUGUUCUGGAUAUUCACAAUUUGUCAUGUGUAUUUCAAUCAUUGUUGCAGUUUGUCCGAAACACCCCACCAUCACUUCUGUCUUAAUAAUUAGUCUUUACCCUUUUAACGGCAUUUGUUAUUUAGUCAGAAUGGCACUUUCCAGUUAAUGCAUUGUCAUAUCUAUAAUCAAUAAACCAGAUCAUACUUCU